GAGAAGCUGAAAUGGAUGAUGACUAGGGCUGAAGCCCUGGCUUAUUUUAGAAACGACUGCAAAACGAGAAUCGUCGCGGAUGCAGGGCCGGAGGGAAUUGGAGCUGUGUUGCUACAACUGCAAGGAGACCAGUGGAGAGCGGUGUCGUAUGCCUCCAGGAACCUCUCGGACGUAGAGCGGCGAUACGCCCAAACAGAGAAGGAAGCACUUGCACUCGUGUGGGCUUGCGAGCGGUUUAAUAUAUAUGUGUAUGGUCGUGAAUUCGAACUGGAAACUGACCAUAAGCCACUAGAGUGUAUUUUCAACAAGACAUCGAAACCCUCAGCAAGGAUCGAAAGAUGGGUAUUACGGCUUCAGUGCCACAACUUCAAGGUCGUUUACCGGCCUGGAAAGACGAACAUUGCCGAUGCUUUGUCUAGAAUGAACCAGAAGAGUCCAAAAGACCACAGCAGCGAGAAAGAGGACGUCAUCCGUUUCGUUGCCAUACAAGCGACACCCGUGGCCUUAACGACUAAAGAAAUAGAGAGAGCGUCAGAAAUCGACGCUGAAUUACAAAGUGUGCGAUACUAUAUCGAAUCGGGAGAUUGGACUAAAUGUAAACUGUCGGCAUAUGCGUGUGUAAAGAAUGAGCUCUGCAUGAUUGGUAGACUUGUUUUACGGGGGAAUCGAAUCGUUAUUCCUCAGAUGUUGCGAAGAAAGGUUUUGGAAGCGGCACAUGAAGGCCAUCAAGGAAUUGUAAAGACGAAAAGCAGAUUAAGAACGAAAGUAUGGUGGCCCAAGAUGGACAUAGAUGCUGAACGAGUGUGUAAAUCGUGUCAUGGAUGUCAAGUAGUCAGCCAGUAUAAUGUACCGGAACCCAUGAAACGGACCGAGAUGCCUACAGGCCCAUGGCAAGAUGUCGCAGUAGACUUGAUGGGGCCAAUGCCAACCGGAGAAUACUUGCUGGUAGUCGUGGAUUACUAUAGUCGAUACUACGAAGUUUCCAUUAUGCACUCAACAACUUCAGAAAAGAUUAUCAAAGCGCUAAACGAAAUUUUUGCUAGAUUUGGUUUUCCUUACUCGUUGAAAUCAGACAACGGGAGACAGUUUGUUAGUGAGGAGUUCAAGAGGUUUUUACAACAAGUGAAUAUUGAACACAGAACGUCACCACCACUUUGGCCACAAGCUAACGGUGAAGUGGAGCGCCAAAAUCGCACUCUUCUCAAGGCACUAAAAGUGGCCCAAGUUGAAGGCAAGGAUUGGAGAAAGGAGUUACCACAAUUCCUUCUUGCGUAUAGAACAACACCGCAAGUCACAACUGGAAAAACACCAGCGUUCCUUAUGUUCAAACGUGAACUGAGAAGUAAACUUCCAGAACUUAGGGGAGAUAUAGACGACUUUGAUGAGAACAUAAGGGAUCGCGAUUGGCGAAACAAGCUAGUACAAAAAGCUAAUGCAGAUGAAAAAAGGAGGGCAAAUGAUAGCACUAUUCUACCAGGAGACCAAGUACUACUACGGAACACUAAAACGUCAGGGAAGUUAGCUGCCAACUACGAAAGGAGCCGUAUACGGUGGUCACGAAGGAGGGGAACGAAGUGA